UGGAGGAGGAGGAGUCUGAGAAAAGCUGGAAGGGCUCAUCUGAGCUUCUCCCAGGGUCAGAGGUUGGACUUGAGCGUGGCACCAUGGCAGGUGGAUUCAGGCAUCUGUGAAGCUCUGGGCAGAAUGCAGCACUCUCCGGGCUCUAGGCCAGUCGCAUUCCAUUGCUUUGAGUGUUAGUAUUUCCCUCACUUUACAGAAGAGAAAACUGAGGCCCCAGGGAAUUAAAUAAAUCACCUGAGGUCAGAGUUAUUGAAGCUUGGAGACUGUAUCUUUGUGACAAGGAUGAGGAAGGAGAGGAAAGCAUUGACCAAAGCACUCGGUUUUCCCUAGAGGAGACAUAAAAAGAAGGCAGACAUGGGACUAGCAGGGAGAAUGCUCCUGCCUCAUCGCAGCCUCCGGCUUUCGGGAGAGAGCGGCAGCCCCCCGCUGCCUGUGGACUGACCACUCAAAGGUUGCCUGACAUUGUGGACUGCCCAGAUGAUGUGGAAUGGAGGCUCCAGAACCCACCUGCCCUGCUCCAGAUGCCAGGGACCAGCCAGUUCCUACACCUGGCCCUCCAGGUGCCCCAAAUGGGCAUGCCUCUCCUCGUCUGACCCUGGGCCCUGUGAUGCUGCCUCCGGAGCAGGGCCUGCCCCCCACCAUGAUCCUGAAAGCUCUACCCAUCCCACUGUACCAUACAGUGCCACCUGGGGGCCUCCAGCCACGUGCCCCACUGGUCACAGGCAGCCUGGAUGGGGGCGGUGUGCCCUUCAUCCUCAGCCCCCUGCUACAGCCUGAAGGGCCUGGACCCGCCCAGGUGGGAAAGCCAGCUGCCCCAGCCCUGACAGUGAACAUUGUGGGAACUCUUCCAGUCCUGUCCCCCGGGCUGGGGCCCAUGCUGGGCAGCCCAGGCAAGAUUCGGAAUGCUGGCAAAUACCUGUGCCCGCACUGUGGCCGUGACUGCCUAAAGCCCAGUGUUUUGGAGAAGCACAUCCGGUCCCACACGGGUGAGAGGCCCUUCCCCUGUGCCACCUGUGGCAUUGCCUUUAAGACACAGAGCAACCUGUACAAGCACAGGAGGACACAGACACAUCUCAACAACUCCCGGCUGUCCUUGGAGUCUGAGGUGGGCGGGAGCAGUGUCUUGGAGGAGGGGGACAGGGCUGCAGAGGCCUCCUCAGCAGAAGGCGGGCAGGAAAGCUGGAGCCAGAGAACAGGUGAUGGAGCCCCAGGGAGGCCUCUCUCCCCAGGUGUCCAUGUAUCCCUUGGGGUCAAGAAUCUAGAUAUGAGGGCAGAAGCUGCUCCCCGCCUCGGAUCCACACCUGCCUGCCAAGAAGCCCCAACAGACUCUGCCAAGACUGCAUCACCUGGGCUCCUGCUGGCCAGCACACAGCCCUGUCGGAAACUGCCAGAACCAAAGUCGUGCUCCCUGCAGCGGCAGCAGGAGGUGUCCUCGGAGAAGCCCUGGGAUGCCAAGGCCUCCGAGGGCCAGCUGAGGAAGUGUGAGAGCACCGACUCGGGCUACCUGUCUCGUUCAGACAGCUCAGAACAGCCGCUGCCUCCCUCCAGCCCCCUGCACAGCCUGUCGGAGCACAGUGCAGAGUCUGAGGGAGAGGGAGGCCCGAGCCCGGGGCCCAGCAGCACCAGGACCGAGCCCGCAGCAGCAUCGGGGACCAGUGUGGAGCUGGAGAAGAAGCGGCUGGAGGAACGCAUUGCUCAGCUCAUCUCCCACAAUCAGGCCGUGGUGGACGACCCCCAGCUGGACCAUGUGCGGCCCCGCAAGACCGUCUUGUCCAAGCAGGGCAGCAUCGACCUGCCCAUGCCCUACACCUACAAGGACUCCUUCCACUUUGACAUCCGGGCCCUGGAGCCCGGCCGCAGGAGGGCUGCCCUCAGCCCAGCCUGCUCCACCUUCACGGCCCUGGACAAGUCCCGGCCCCUUUUCUUCCACUCUGUGCCCACGCAGCUCUCCACCACUGUGGAAUAUGUGUCCGUGACCAGGAGCAACUCACUGCCCUUUGUGGAGGCCUCUAGCACGUGGCCAGAGCCACAAGACCCGCAGGACACCCGCUCCAGGGUGCAGAAGCCGCUGAGCCCCAGGCCAGCCUCAGCCCGACUGGGCGGCCGCUCCGGGCUGAUCUUGGCAGAUGUCCCCAGCGGCCACCCCCGGGCCCUGGUGAGACAGGCCGCUGUGGAGGACGUGCCGUGUACCCCCACUGGAGAGCCCGCGGCCCCCACAGAGGACCCGGAUGGGAAGAGAGUUGUCCCUGGAGAGGGAGCAGCCUGCAAGGGCAGAGUGGCCAGUAAGAAGUGUGGUCGGAGGAAGACGAAGAUGUUCUCCCAGGAGAAGUGGCAGGUGUAUGGGAAUGAGACGUUCAAGAGAAUCUACCAGAAAAUGAAAACCAGCCAUCAGGGAGAGCAGAAAGCCAGGGAUGGACGAGCUGGCCUUGGGACGGAGCCAGACCCACCUCCCCAGAAAGAGGCAGCAGGGGCCCCGAGCGCAGGAGGGGCCCAGAGCGCAGCCCCAUCUCACAACAGUGGAAUACCCGUCCUUGGGGACAUUUCUGUAGUGGCCAAGCCAGCUCCAGCGAGCUCCUUAGAGACUGAGUCUCUUAAACAAAUGAUACCAGAGGCCAGAGCAGGAGGCAGUGACAAGCUCCGGGUGGCCAGGGCAGUGUCAUCCCCCACACCUGGCAGCAGGGACUCCCCUGGAUCAGGCAACAGGAGCCCUCUGCUUCCUCCGAACAGGCAGCUGGAAGUGAGGUGGCAGCUGCCUCCAGUGCCUGGGCCCCUCCAGGGGGGCGACCUAGGGGCCCCCAGGAGGGCUGUGUCAGACCUCCAGCUGGAAGGGGGCCUUCCUGGGCACGAGGGGGUGAGGGAGCCUUGUCCAUGGGCCCCGGCUGUCCUGAGAAGGCCUGGGGAUAGCUCUGGGGAACCCUGGCUUACGGAGGACCAACUCCCCUCAGAGAGGAAAAAGCUGAAGGUGGAGGGGCUGAGCCCUCCGGAGCAGCCAGGGCCCCUGGGAGCAGAGACCCUUGCGGGCACUGCGCAGGCUGCCUCUCUGCCUUCCCAGCGGCAGGACGAUGAGGCUCGGGAGACAGCGGGGGCGCUGCCUGAGACUGCUGAGAAGGUGGCCGAUCCCUUGGCGCCCUCCAGCUCCUCCUCAGCUGCUCCUGCUCCCGGGCUGGGGAACAAAGAGCUCACGCUGUCCCAUGCCAGGGGAGGCCCUGGGCAGCACUGCCGGCUGGUCACCCAGCCUCAGGCUCCCGGAGUCCUUGCGGUGGAGGCCGAGGUCACCUUUGCCCCCAAGUACCUCCUCAGGUUACCUCAGGGAGACAGCCCCUCUCCGCUUUCCACCCUCCUGGCAUCCACACAAGGCCACCUCUCCAUCUGCACAGCUGGGCCACCCAAGGAACCCAGGAUGCCCUGGUCUCCAGGCCCAGCCUCAGGUCCAGUCCCAGGGGAGGCAGAUGGCAGCCUGGAAGAAUCCAGCUGCGCCCCGCCAAGAGGCGGCGAGAAAGAGAUGCAAGCAGGAAGAGAAAAGCGACAGGAGCCUGCCAGCCAGGUCCUGGCGUCCGGGGAGUCUCCUGGCUCAGCCACGGCGGCCCCACGGGAGACAGCCUCUCUCCCACCUGUCUCCACGCGUGACGCCCUCGCAGUGCAGGGCAAGGGGGGUGAGAGCUAUGCCACCUGUCACACCUGCACAGACAGCACAUCAGCAGGGGCGCCGACCUCUGGGGCUGUGGUGAAGGCGUCCAGCUGGGAGCCGCGAGGACUGCCUGAGGAUGCCCGGGAAGACCCUCCCUUGAAGGUCAAUCCCUGCUGCUCUGUCCAGCCCAGCUCCUUCCUCACAGCGCUCACGAGGCCCCAGGCUGUGCCCCUGGGCCACCCAGAACUUCCGCUGUCCUCUGACUUAGGGACCCCCAGGAGCUGCGGGGCCCAGAGCCCCUUCCCCUCCCUGAGGGCCGAGCCCCAGCUCACGUGGUGCUGCCUGAAGCGCAGCCUGCCUCUGCCCCAAGAGCAGGAGAAGGCAGCUUCCGCCUACUCAGCUCUACACUUCCCUGGUGGCGGAAACCCGAGGGGGCAUCCGGAGGUCCAGCCCACAAACAAUGGAGGAUGUUCCAGGGCGGGCCCUGGAGGAGCGCCGGCCGGGACACCCAAGCUCUCCUGCCUCAUAGUCUCGGGGAUGAGAUCCCAGGACCGGAUGUCGGACCCAGAAUGGAAGAAAGGCCUGUUUCGAAGGAGGGCAAAGACGACUUGUGGGAACAGCAAGCAAAAAAAAUUGAGAAUCAAUCCCAAAAGGUGCGAUGGGAAUUUCUGGCAGAACCGUGCUCAGCUGAGAGCCAGCAGACUGCGCAAGCCGACCUGGGGACCAAGGAGAAGCUGCCCCCCACCUCCACUUGGGCAGGCUUCACCCGCAGUGUCAGGUCUGAGUCUCCAAGCAGCGCCUUCUUGUGUUGCCUCACCAUUGUCUCUUGGUCCGGGGGAUACAGAGCAGGAAGAUGCCUACAGACACACCUCAGAAACCACCUCUCCUGGGACAAGUUCAGGAGCCAUCAGGGACACAGCUACCCUAACCGGAAAGGCUAUUUCUCCAUCUGCUGGUGAGCCUGGUGACUGUUCUCCUCAGGAGGACACUGUUGUGCUGUCAGGAUCAUCUCUGCAACAGGACACCUGCUUGGCAAUGGCUCAGGAUGACUCCUUGCCCACUGGAAAAGGUCUUGAUGUUGGAUUGCUGGAAACUCACCGGCUGCCCUCCCAGGAUCAAGUCUCGAUAGAUCCCAAAUCAUGCAAUCUCUCCGAUGCUCAAGAGCCUUCUUCUUCUGGACCCAAAGAAACUCCCUGCCAUGACAUUGUUACCUCUGCGGCUGCCAUUUGUAUUUCUCUCGGGGUAAGAGUAGGUCACACAAGGCUGGGAAUUCACAGUUCAGAGCCACAUGACCACAGCUGGGCUGUGGGGGGAACUCUAGCCCAAAGCUUCCCAGAUAGAAGAGCCGUAGCAGAGGGCACUUCAGAGGCACUCUUGCCAGGGAAUCCUUCAUCUGGACAAGCAGUUUCAGCUUUGGCUCCAUUGGACUUAACUGAUAAAACUCAUCUUGAAAUACCAACUUCAGGACCAAGUUCAACAAGUUCACACCAAGAAGAAGGGAAGCAGCUGGCAGUUUUUCCUUCCCGGGGCCAGCAUGCAUGUGGAGAAACGGCCACCUCCUCCCCUCCUGCAGGAAGUCACAGUGGGCAAAAUCAAGCAUCCGGACUCAUCGCCCUGAAGGGUUGUGUGGCCCCUUCUCAACCGGGGCAGCCUUCAGAAGUUCCUGAAGCUCCUGCUAAGUCCGUCAGGAAGAGGAGUUUGGAAGCAUUGAGAACGCAGACUCGGGUGGAGCUGAGCGACUCCAGCAGCGAUGAUGAAGACCGACUGGUCAUAGAAAUCUGAGCCUCCUGGAGAAAGGUGAUAUCUAUAGUCAAGGACUGUUGAUGCUUCGCAAAGAAGUGAAGGCAAGCGGGUGAACUCCCUGAACUCUGUUUACGAAACACCUGCAGACCAGGGAAGCCAUCUUGUGCUCCUUCAAAGCCAAUUCCAACCAACUCCAAACCUCCGAUUCGGCCACACCCUUUCCUAGCUCCUCCGGGCCUGCUCACUUUCACCUGGUGCAGGUAGGACACAUGUGAAAAUGUGUACUCUGCACAGAGUGACCAGGCCUCGGCUUGCAGCCCCCC